AUGAAUGGUCAUCUUGACGUUGUCAAAAAUCUGAUCAGUCAAGGGGCUAAGGUAAAUAAAGAAAAUAACAAUGGUGUGACUGCUUUAUACAUUGCUGCUCAGAAUGGUCAACUUGAUGUCAUUGAAUAUCUGGCCAGUCAAGGGGCCGAAGUCAACAAAGGAGAUAACAAUGGUGUGACUGCAUUAUACAUUGCUGCUCAGAAUGGUCAUCUUGAUGUUGUCAAAUAUCUGAUUAGUGAAGGCGCUGAGGUGAAUAAAAGAGAUAUUGAUGGUGAGACUGCAUUAUACAUUGCUGCUCGGAAAGGUCAUCUUGAUGUUGUCAAAUAUCUCACAGGUCAAGGGGCUGAGAUGAAUAAAGGAGAUAACAAUGGUAAGACUCCUUUGUACAUUGCUGCUCGGAACGGUCAUCUUGAUGUCAUUGAAUAUCUGUCCAGUAAAGGGGCUGAGGUCAAUGAAGGAAAAAACGAUGAUGUGACUGCUUUAUACAUUGCUGCUCAGAAUGAUCUUCUUGAUGUUGUCAAAUAUCUCCCAAGUCAAGGGGCAGAGAUGAAAAAAGGUGAUAACAAUGGUGAGACUGCAUUAUACAUUGCUGCUCAGAAUGGUCAUCUUGAUGUUGUCAAAUAUCUGAUUAGUGAAGGCGUUGAGGUGAAUAAAGGAGACAUCGUUGGUGAGACUGCAUUAUACAUUGCUGCGCGGAAAGGUCAUCUUGAUGUUGUCAAAUAUCUCACCAGUCAAGGGGCAGAGAUGAAUAAAGGAAAUAACAAUGGUUUGACUGCAUUACACAUUGCUGCUCAGAAUGGUCAUCUAGAUGUUGUCAAAUAUCUCACCAGUCAAGGAGCUGAGAUUAGUAAAGGAAAUACCGAUGGUGUGACUGCAUUACAUAUUGCUGCUGGCGUUGGUCAUAUUGAUGUUGUCAAAUGUCUGAUUAGUGAAGGCGCUGAGGUGAAUAAAGGAAAUAACAAUGGUGUGACUGCAUUAUACAUUGCUGCUGGGAAUGGUCAUCUUGAUGUCGUCAAACAUCUGAUUAGUGAAGGCGCUGAGGUGAAUAAAGGAGAAAGCAUUGGUGUGACUGCGUUGCACUUUGCUGCUUUAAUGGAUCAUCUUAAUGUUGUCAAAUAUCUCACCAGUCAACAGGCAGAGAUGAAUAAAGAAGAGAACAGAGAAGGUUUGACUGCAUUACACGUUGCUGCUCGGAAUGGUCAUCUUGAUGUCGUCAAACAUCUGGUCAGUCAAGGGGCUGAGGUGAAUAAAGGAGAUAUCGAUGGUGAGACUGCAUUACACGUUGCUGCUCAGAAUGGUCAUCUGGAUGUCGUCAUAUAUCUCACCAGUCAAGAGGCAGAUAUGAAUAAAGGAGAUAACAAUGGUAAGAAUGCAUUAUACGUUGCCGCUCAGAAUGGUCAUAUUGAUGUCGUCCAAUAUAUGAUUAUUGGAGGCUUUGAGGUGAAUAAAGGAGAUAGCAUUGGUUGGACUGCAUUGCAUAUUGCUGCUGGCGUUGGUCAUCUUGAUGUCGUCAAAUAUCUGAUUAGUGAAGGCGCUGAGGUAAAUAAAGGAAAUAACAAUGGUGUGGCUUCAUUAUACAUUGCUGCUCAGGAUGGUCAUCUUGAUGUUGUCAAAUAUCUGAUCAGUCAAGGGGCAGAGGUGAAUAAAGGAGAUGACAAUGGUUGGAUUGCAUUACACAUUGCUGCUCGGAAUGGUCAUCUUGAUGUCGUCAAAUAUCUGGUUAGUGAAGGCGCUGAGGUAAAUAAAGGAAAUAACAAUGGUGUGACUGCAUUAUACAUUGCUGCUCAGAAUGGUCAUCUUGAUGUCAUCAAAUAUCUGAUCAGUCAAGGUGCAGAGGUGAAUAAAGGAGAUAACAAUGAUGUGACUGCAUUACACAUUGCUACUUACAAUGGUCAUCUUGAUGUCAUCAAAUAUCUGAUCAGUCAAGGCGCCGAGGUGAAUAAUGGAAACGAUAAUGGUUGGACUGCAUUGCACGUGGCUGCUUGCAAUGGUCACCUUGAUGUCAUCAAAUACCUGAUCAGUCAAGGGGCUGAUGUGAAUAAAGGGAACAAUAAUGGCACGAAUGCAUUACACUCUGCUGCCCAGAAUGGUCAUCUUGACGUCUUGAAGUAUCUGGUCAGUAAAGGCGUCGAGGUGAACACGAGAAAUAAAAAUGGUUGGACUUCUUUAGACUUUGCCGUGUUCACAAAUCAACUUGAUGUCGUUCAAGUUCUCAGGGAUAAAGGUGCAAUUCUUGAUUCACGAAUUCUUCAUGAGAGGAGACUUCUACACUUGCUACAAGCCUUGAAAUACAUUGCAAUUCUACUCAACGAGGGUAUUAAUUGA